CCGCCGCCGCCGCAUCUCUCCCGCUCCGUGCCCUCGCCCUCCGCCGACACCAUGAACAGGGGCAGCAGCACUGCGCCUUGCCCUCCCGCGCUCCCCGGCGACGGCCACGACAGUCACAGCGAGUGCCGCCGGGUCUGUAGCAACUGCCGGAAAGUCCUGAGGCAGGAAAAGAAAAUCAGAGUCUCUCUCCCUUUAACAAGAGGACCAAGUGCCUUUAUACCAGAGAAAGAAGUUAUGCAAGCAAACAGUUUGAAUGAGCGAAUGCACCUGCUUGUGGAAGAAUAUUCUAUAUCUGGUCGCCUCGACAACAUCACCCAGGUCAUGAGUUUACAUACUCAGUACUUGGAGUCUUUUCUCCGCAGUCAGUUUUACAUGUUGCGUAUGGAUGGGCCUCUUCCUUUGCCCUACCGACACUACAUUGCAAUCAUGGCUGCUGCCAGGCACCAGUGUUUCUACCUAAUAAACAUGCAUGUGGAUGAGUUUUUGAAGACUGGAGGGAUACCAGAAUGGCUGAAUGGUUUGGAAUACGUUCCACAAAGACUGAAGAAUCUAAAUGAAAUCAAUAAGCUUCUUGCACAUAGACCCUGGCUAGUUUCAAAAGAGCACAUUCAGAAACUUGUGAAGACGGGGGAAAAUAAUUGGUCUCUUCCUGAGCUGGUGCAUGCUGUGGUUCUCUUGGCACACUAUCACGCCUUGGCAAGUUUUGUCUUUGGUAGCGGCAUCAAUCCAGAGAGGGAUCUCGAUACCUCGAAUGGGUACAGACUCAUAUCAGUUAACAGCUUCUGUGUCUGUGAUCUUGCCAAUGACAACAACAUUGAAAAUGCAUCUCUCACCAGCAACAACUUCGGGAUCUCGGAUUCUCUAAGUGAACUGGAGGCUCUGAUGAACAGAAUGAAGAGGCUGCGGGAGGAGAAGGAGGACGAGGAGGCCUCCCAGGAGGAAAUGGACACUCGCUUUGAAAAGGAGAAGACGGAGAGCCUCCUAGUUGUCACUGAGGCAUUUGAUGAUGAAAUACUUUCCAUAGCCGAUGUUUCCCGCUACAUUGAAGAUCCUAGUUUUGGGUACAAAGACUUUGCCAGGCGGGGAGAAGAACAUCUACCAACGUUCCGGGCCCAGGACUAUACCUGGGAAAAUCAUGGAUUCUCCCUUGUGAACAGGCUUUAUUCUGAUAUUGGGCAUCUGUUGGAUGAGAAAUUCCGCAUGGUCUACAACCUCACUUACAACACUAUGGCUACGCAUGAAGAUGUUGACACAACCAUGUUGAGAAGAGCUUUAUUUAAUUAUGUUCAUUGUAUGUUUGGAAUCAGGUAUGAUGACUAUGAUUACGGAGAAGUUAAUCAGUUACUGGAACGGAGCUUGAAGGUUUACAUUAAGACAGUGACCUGCUACCCAGAAAGAACUACCAAGCGCAUGUAUGAUGGUUACUGGCGCCAGUUCAAGCACUCUGAGAAGGUCCAUGUCAACCUGCUUCUUAUGGAGGCCCGCAUGCAAGCUGAACUCCUCUAUGCUCUCCGUGCCAUAACACGUCACUUGACCUGAAGAAUCAUUGCAAGUGUGUGAAUAAAGCUUCCAAACAGAUGUGUAGCGAAAGCUGCUUGUGGUGUAGCAUCGGGUUAUUUGAUUCUUUAAUGUCAAAGCUGAAGCCGCGUUUCCAGUGGCUGUUAACGUGCAAUGAUCUAUAUCUUUCUUUUUCCUUGAUGCUUAACAUUACUAAUGAUAGCAAAAAUAACACUGAAGAACAUCACUUCUUAAGUUGUUUCCAGCUGGAGUUUUGGUCGCAAAUCCUAAAGGUUGUUUUUUAAAAAAAUAUUUGAUUCUUGCGAUUUCUUCUCUUGCCCAUGAUUGUCUCUUUGAAGAUUUUAUCUCUUUCCCACUCACCCCCAACAAUCUUAUUUCAUGUGAAUGGAACAGAGGAUCUUCAGUCUUUUUUUUCUCCUUUAUGUUCUUUUUAGGCUGCCACAGUGCAGUUUUCCUAAUCCAGCAUGUGCUGUCUUUUAAACUGAACUGCUCAGCUGGCUUAUUCUCCAUGUUUCCCCAGAUUUUUUGUAUUGCUGCAGUUUGGAGGUCAUGUGCAAGCAGAUGCAAUUGCCGUUUGCAACUUUUAUUAUAAUGUGAAAGGACCUGCUUCAAAUUGUAUGAUGUGCUAGUGACACACAGCAUUCAAAUACUUGCUUUUCUGAAUGCAAGAGGGUAUUUUAACCGUAUCCAUUUCAACUGAACGCACUGGUUCAGCAGUGGCCUUCUCUUUGGUCUGUAUUUUACUUUCUCGCUGACCCUUGAAGGGUACUUAACAGCCCCAUCCACAAACCAGUUUAGCUUGGAAUUUUUGAGCUUUUAUGUUGAGUUUUAGAAAUUAAAUAACUUGCCCGCAGAUUUAAAUCAAUUUUUUUCCCUUUAAACUGGUUUGGUGAUCAGGUGGUUAUAUGACAUUUGCAGAUUCAACACUUGUUAACUGAUCAAACAGCAAGAAAACAGACACGAUCACAUACUUUUAAAUACAUUAAGGAACUCCUGUAUUGUUGGGCCAUUGUUCCAUCCAUUGUUCCAACUGGACGGGUGUCUCCACAGUGUUUGGGCAAAGAGUCUUUCCUCUCUCUGCUCCCUGAGUUCCUUUUAACUGGUGGUGACAGAGAUUGAACCCCCAGGGCCUUUAUGCACGUGAAACAUAAGCAGUGAGGUACAAAGCUUUGAACAUACAAAGCCUUAUACUGAGUAGGACUGUUUGUCCGUGUAGGCCUGUAUUGGCUGCUGUCGAUUGGGGUGUUCUCCCAACAAAACUGUUGGAGCCCUGUGUAUUGAGAACCUUUGAACUGGAGGUGUUAGAUUUCAAACCUGGAACCUCUUUACAUACAAGGCAUGUGCUUUAUCACUUAGCCGUGGCCUCUUCUUUCUUGACUGCUGCUCCUUUGUAUGGUUAUUUUUAUUCAAGGAUAAAUUGCAUUAGCAUUUACACUUUUAGAAGUUUUCUCUUUCAUAAUUUGCUCCAAAUUGCAGUGUCUGAUCCCUUUUUUGCUCUCUCAAAGCUGCAAUUCACGCAUCUCUCCAUUAACGUGAUGAGUGAACAAAGGAAGUGCAAUAUUAAACAGAGCAGGCAAGCUUUCCCCUAAGAGUAGGUGCUGAAGGGUCCUCUUUGAAACAGAUGUGAAGAAACUAGUUUCUCUUUCCAAAUUUUGUUACUGCCUGUGACUUGUCUAGCAUUUUUCAAUCUUGCUUUGAAUACUCAGCUGUGGUUAGGAUGUCUACUCAGAAAAUGCUUCAUGUUAUGUGCAUGCUCAGUUCCUUCCAAUGAAGGAGCACCAUAAAAACCAAACUUUUGAGGGUGUGCAGCUGCAGGGGCUGAUGGGUUGUUUCGGUUGACAACUGUGGAUGGGGGAGGGCUGAAAACUGAACUACUGAAAGGUCACUUUUCUAAUUGUUUGAGUUGGUUCUCUACACUGACUUUUUUUUCAGAGCACAAAAGCCAGUGUUUCUAUAGCUUUACUUUUGUGUUAUGUAAAUGGUUCAGCAAAGUGCCUGAAGAGAUGCUGAAAAACUUAGCUGCCAGGACAUGGUAACUGCUAUUAUGUGAGAGGUUCGCUCCGGGAAAUGUUAGUGGCAGCUAACCUUGAGGCCAAAAAGACUAAGGCCCAGCAGAUCUUGUGUCCCAUUACAAUUUCUGAAAUCCAGAAGAGCCCUGCUGGGUUGGACCAAAGGUCCGUCUAGUCCUACACUCUGUGACCCACAGUGGCCAAUCAGAAGCCUCCAAAAAGCCUACAAGCAGGACAUGAAGACCAAUAACCUUCCCCCCGUUCAUUCAGAACGGAUGCAGACAUUUCAGUGAUUUGGAAGCAGCAGCAUUUUUUUUCUGCUGAAAAACUUUUUCAUUACUUGCCCCAAACCCUGAGCAGAAACUUAAAUAAACUCCGUUUCCAAUGUGAGUUAGUUAUAAAUAGCUUUUGCUGGAUUGUGUCAAAUAACUCAGUCUGGAUUUUUUCCCCAUUCAAAAUCAAUUUCCAUUUUCUUUUAUACAUGUCUGAAAUGAACAGAAUAGAGUUUUGUUCUUGUUCCAAUUUGCUGCAGAAGGCCAGCUCUUCCAUUAGACUACCAUAAUGGUUUUGUUUUAUGUUGAUGUUGAAAGAUGUUGAAAGUCCUUCCAAGUUAAAACUGUGGACCAGAGUUUGAGGAGGUGAAUUUGGGUUUGUUUGUUUUUUACUACUUUCUUCCUUCGUCUAAUAAUUGCUAUAUUAUGAUUGUUUUUAGGUGUAGAAAUAAUUGCUCACUGUUUCCUCCUGCAGAUGGUAUUGAGGGGGGGCUCAAUGGAAGAAGAAACUUCUGAGGAUAUAUCUAUACAUGCUGAUGACUUAUACCAGUUGAACUGCCAUGGCCUUCUUCUAAAGCAGGGGUCCCCAACUUUUUUGAGCCUGCGAGCAUCUUUGGAAUUCUGACACAGCAUGAUAGAUACAGCCAGGCACCGUGACGAUUCUUGUGCUGUGGUGGCAGCUGCUGAAAAAGUAAUGUUUUUAAAAAAUCUGCACAGCCAAUCAAAUUUCCAGUGGCCAAUCAGAAGCCUUGCUGGGCAAAAGCCUCACCUGGCCCCAUCUGCUUUCUAAAAAUGCUGGGAGAACACCAAGAAAGGAGUUGUCAGGUGCCAUGGUGCCCAUAGGCACCACAUGGGGGACCCCUGUUCUAAAGAAGUCCAGAAGUUGUAGCUUGAAGAGUGUUGAGAGUAUUUUCUAUUUAAGAGACCCCAGCCUCGGAGAGGUGUAAUUUUAAGCCUGCAAUAUACAUAUGCCUCUAGAAGAAAUUAUGCUAAUGAAGGCAGCAGUUGAGUGAUCACUGCAUCCUUGCAGAGCAUAAAUGGUAACUAACUUGGUAGAGGAGCAGUUGGUAGAAGCUUCAAGCACAAUCCAGCCAAAGCUGACUGCUUUGAAGAAUGGCUUGGGACACAGUGGUUCCAUUCAGCCUACUGUGCAGACAGUCAUGUUUUACAUUAGGUAUACAGUGUGCUGCUGCUGUCCACACAACUCAUUUGUGCAAGUUCUACUUAGGGCAAAUGCAGAAGGCAGACACGUGUGUUGGAAGCAGCCUACCCAAAGUGACUUGGCAAGUCACAUUUAUUUCAGUGGAAGUGGCUUUACAUAGGAGUUGGUAUUUGGGGUAAUAGGAUGGGGGGGCAGGGGGAGAUAAGAGACCUGGGUCUAGAAACCCGGGUCUCUAUUAAACAUCUGAAAAUGGCAAGAGGAGAUGAUUUGGAGGAGCUAAUUGUUGGGCAAAGGAGAGGGUGUUUGAUCUUUCCCUUGAAACCCACUUCCCGCAGCCAGCUUCCAUAUGUGUGUUUGAGUGUUGGGGAGAGGGGAUGCAGCAGGCAGGGGAGGUUUAAACACCUCGAUUCUUCCCUUCAUAUAAUAUGUCUUUGGGGUUUUAUAGAAGCAAGCUGCCUUAAAUGAGUAACUGUAACUGCUUUAAUUUUGGUUUGAAAAGGUCAGGUUUAGGGUUUUCUUUUUUCCAGAAGUUGGUGUUCUAAUUGUGAAAACAUUAGUGCCUUUCAUUGUCAGUGUUUCCUUUAUUAUUUGAACUGAGUGCUCAUUUUGUGAGAAACAAUUAGACUUUGACUCUCAAAGAAUCCAUAAACAGAAACUUGAUUUCAUAUGGUGCCAGAUCCACAUGUGGCAUUCUAGGGUGAAAACCAGCUUGCACAUUGUCCUUAGAAACAUAGCAGCAAACUUGAAGAUUACACAGCUGUUUUUCCAAGGUGGUGUUUGAUUCAUAGUAUAGCAUUUACAUGGUCAUGAUCUAGAAUAUAGCUUUAUGUACACAGAAUGUGAUUUUUUUUAAAAAAAAUGUUGGCAUUCAAAGUAGGCAUCUAAGUGAACAUGAUUGUAUCUUAUGCUUGAUGUACCCCUUUAAGCUCUUAAAUGUGCCAAAUUUUAAGUGUGCAGAAGUGUUUUUUAGAAACAAAAUAGCAUGUGUGAAUGUGGAUCAUCAAGGUUUAUUGCCUAAUGGCCAUCAAAAAUGUAUGUGGUUCUUCUGUAAGUGUAGAUGUUUCCUUUGCUUCCUUAGUGUGAUUUCAGGGUGGGUGUUGGCAGCAAGCAUCCUCCAGGGCUACAUCUUAUCUCAGAGGUCAUCCAAGGGGCAAGAGAAGAAUGAAGGCCAAUGACAUCUAUAGACACAGGACUUUGGCAGCCCUGAGGGCUCUUCAGAACUCUGUAGUGGGACAUCAGUCCAGUGAAGAAAUGGCAAGGCAGGGGUGGAAUUUUAGCUGCCACAUGAUGUAUGGAAAUGUCCCUAAAUUCCUCAUGAAGCUCUCCCACUAAUUUCUUCUGCCAGAAGCUGAACCUGGCUGUAGUGUCAGGAUUCCUUGAAAUGUCUGGAAGUGUGUGUUCAUAGGCAGGGCUGGCGCCAGCAUUUCUGACACCUGAGGCAGCUUCAGGGGUGUUGGUGCAUGUGUGCUUUGCGCACGUGCACACACCUGGCCUGCGUGAUGAUGUCAGUGCAUGCGACGUCAUCACGCGGGGCAGGGAUAGCGCACGGGUGGCCUCCCAGCCCUCCCGUUCAGUUGCCCCACGCUGCCCUGGCUGCCAGCUGUGCCUGGCCCGCAGCUGUGUGCUGGUGCUGGUGGUGGCGGCAGCAGCAGCAGCAGCAGCAGUGGCAGCAGCACAGAGCAACUGAGCAGGAGGGCUGGGAGGCUGCCCGCUCAGCUGCCCCACACUGCCACUGCCGGCAGCAGGGGUGGCGUGCGUGCAUCCUCCCUCCGGCUCAGUUGCUCCGCGCGCUGCCCCAGCCACCUGCCGCACCUGGCCCGCAGCUGUGUGCCAGUGGUGGCGGCGGCAGUAGCAGCACAGAGCUCCUGGCCGGGCGCAGCAGCACGGGGCAAUUGAGCUCUGUGGUGCACGUCCCCACCCCCAGCACCCCCUCAGCGCCUUAGCGCUCAAGGCAGCUGCCGGCCCAGCCUCAAUGGGUGCGCCGGCCCUGUCCAUAGGUGCCAUUGCACAGAUUUGGCAUUUACAAAGAAAAAUUAAAAAGAACGAUGCAGUUCCAGGCAUAGGAAACAUGUACGCACAAGGAAAACUUCUGCCAGAGCAGAGCAGCAGGAGGAGAGAAACACAGUACAAUUCUAGGAAUACUUUCCUGGGAGCAAGCUCCAUUGAGUAGACUUGAGCAUAAUUCAGAGAAGGCCUGCUUAGGAUUACUCUCACAGUGACGUACUAUGAAGGAGGGAGUGCCGUUUUUGAGUCCCCUUGGUUACUUGCCGUUCAUUUUUUAGAAUAAGGUUGCUGCCUGAUCUGCAGUGUCUGUGGAGUCAGAGCCCUUAAAAGUAGCCGGCCACUCCAUCCUGAAAACUCAGAUCCUGCAACCAGAAUAAAUCAUGACCUGCGCUGGAAGUCUUGCACUCUUCAGACUGUUUUGCUUAGGUAGUUUGUACUUGGGUGGAGGCUUGUGCUUUGCAGGAACUGCUGAAUUCCACCUUGAAUGUAAUACUCUACAGCCUAACAGUAGCCAUGCAGAUUUCCAGAGCACCCCCUGCUCCCCCACUAGUUUCAUAUUGUAGCUACUACAGGAAAUGUGAGUGUAAGAACGGGACAAUAGAAGUCUUGCUUGGUGUUUUCCCGCCUUGGCCUCCUUGGUGUAUAAAACUGCAGAAUUUCAAGCAUCCAGGAAGGAGACUCACAACUUUGUAAGAGAUUUAUUGGUCCAUUGUCACUGGAAAUUUUACUGUUUUUAUUUUGCUUUCUACAAUCAGUGCACUUUAGGGAUGUUCAGUAGAGGAACCAACCUGACACUAGGCCAUUCCAGAUUGUUUUGAACUUUUUCCCAAACAAGCCAGUGAAAAAUUUUCAAUUUUUUGAUCAACUUUUUUUUUAAAAAGCAGGCCUAUGUAUGAGCUUGAAUUCUUUUUAAAAUACUUUUUGAAAAUUCUUUUUUAAAAAAGCAACCACAGAGCUGAUGAUGCAGGGAGAGAAAUUAUUUGUACACCCCUCUUGCUACUAGGUAUUUCUAGAGUAGCCUGGAAAUUUGGACAGCCUCUUUUUUGACACAAUGUCACCAGCUGUCUAGGUCACCAAACAAAUUCAAGCAAUGUUUUAUGUUCUUUCCACUUUGCUUCUCAAAGGGUCUUCGUAUUUAUGCCUGUGCAUUUGUGUUAUGUGGCGGAAUGUGGGAAAUAGAUAAUGAUACGAUGCUUCAUAUAAAGGCCAGAUUGCCAAGUGAAGAUCUAAGUGGAUCUUCCAUUUUAGAGAGUCAGUGGUACACCUGCUUUUCCGUGUGAACAUUCAGCAGAGAAGACAAUUAGCGAGGUGGGUAUACAACGCCCACCUGCCACAGACGUUUGCUGCAAGGCAGACAAAAACGUCUUGAGAAAGCCAGUAUUUUCCUCUGCAAGCCAAAGCAGUUUUUGUUCCCCUCUAACUGAAAGUGAUGGGGUUAUGUCAGAGUUACAGAUUACAGCCUUUUUUUGCUAAAUAGUGACCUUGUGUACCAUUCAGUUAAAAAUAGGUGUAUAUUGGUAGAGAGGACAAAUCUGUUUACCCUGAACCUUGUGUGGGCAGCCUUACUAGUAUGUUAUUCCAGAGGAUUAUGCCUGAAACAUCGGGUGCUUUUCCCCCCUUUCUCCUUUUGUUAUAAUUGCUAAGUAGAUAGUAAGUAGGAAGGAGCUCCCUAAUUAAAGAGAGUUACCAUUGUAAACUGUUCACUAAAACUCGGAGCAUUUUUACACUACAAAUAUAUAUAUAUUGAUUUUGUGUUCCAAGUUUUAACUAUUAUGGCUUCCCCCAAAGAAUCCUUGCUAAGUGUGCUGAGAAUCUUGGCCACUCUACCCCACCCCUGGUAGAUCGACAGUUCUAUUUUGGCUUUGACUCAGUGACAGAGCCUCUGUUUUGCAUACAAAAGUCCUAGGUUCAGUCCCUAGAAUCUCCUUUUGGAAGGAUCAGGUAACAGGUGAUGUGAAAGACCUGAACCUGAGAUCUCAGAGAGUCACUAACAGAGUAGACAUUGCUGACCUUGACUCAGUAGAAGGCAAUGUCAACAUCAGACCUAUGAUUUAGAAAUGUCAAAAGGUGUAGCAGUCCUCCCAGAAGAGAGACAAGUGGUCUUGUUCUCACAUUAGAAGCCUACAGGCAACUUAACAGACUCCUGUUUCCCCCAUCCAAAAAAUUUCAACCCCUUAGCCUGGUAUAAGUGAAUUAUAGAUAGCUGGAUAAUAGACAAGUUGCUUUCUCAGUAUCUUGAAUGAGUCAGGCAGGUUGCUUUUCCCUUCCUAGUUGCCCAGUACAGAGUUCGUGCUUUUUCAGGGUCUUUGCUCAUGAUCACUAGAUGUAUGGUACAUGAUCUGUUGCACAUACUGGAUUUUUGACUUUCCUCUUCCCUCCCAUUUUAUCAUCAUAACAACCCUUUGGGGUAUGUUAAGCUGAGAGUGUGUAUCUUUCUGACUGCCCAAGAUCACCCAGCAGUCUCCACAGCCAAGUGGUGUUCUGAAUCAGCUAUACUAGCACUCUAACUAUUGCAGUACACUGGCUUUCAUCAUGCUACAUGGGCAAACUUAAGACUGCCCCAUGUGAAGAUGGCAAAGGAGCUGCCCAGAUGGUCACAAAGACAAAAAUCUGGCUUGGUGUUCCCCGUAUCUUUGCAUAGAAGGAAGGCUUCAUGUACCAUGCAAAGUUGUGGCUUGUGCUUACGAUGAGAAAAGCACACCAGGUGGCAAAGUGGCCAUCUGGGGGCUAGAUCUAGCCUCUCGCGCACUUUUAAUUGGCCCUUUUCUCUCAGUGGCCUUACCAACUUUCCCACUCGCAAUUUAAGAAAAGAAACAACGAGGCUGCUUGUGUAGUUCACGUUAUAUAUUAUCUUAUGUACUCUCGUGCACAUUUAGGAAAGGCUGUGAAGCCUUUUUAAUUGGCUUCUUAAGGGGGAACUUUCAGGAAGCACAUUUAUUUUUUAGUGCCCUUCCCCUGACAAGCACAUGUGGGCCAUUGCCAGUGCUAGCGAUGUUGUUGUAAAGUCUGACCACCCAAAAGAUGCCUUCUUCUGUCCCUCUGUUAGUGCCUAGGGAAUAUAGCAACUUACAAGAAUAUAAAAGUCAUCUGUCCUGGACUUGUGCCUUCCUUCUUGUACAUUCGCAGCGCAGUCUGUGUUGAAAACAAAACGGCCUGUUGUGCAUGGGCAGAUUGGCCAAGUGAAUUGGCCCCAAGUUGGAAGCAGUACGCGCAGCAUUUCUGGUCCCCCCCCCCUAGUCACCCGAAGAUCCGUCAGUAUUGACUUCGCUUCUUUUCUGUUGGCUUUCCCCCCCCCCCUCGAAUCUAGUGUACUUUUUAGAAGCUGUGAUAGGCCUUCAUGGUCCUGUACUUUGUUACUGUAAGUUUUAAAAAAAAGAUUUAUGAAGCUUAGGGCUGUGGCCCAAACUGAGGUGGACUCUUUGAUCCUUCAAGAUCUCCCACUUCCAGUUGCGCGUACUACAUUAUGGUUGUAAGUAGAAUAAGCUUGUCAGUGAUGCAGUUUAGGAUUUGUACCCCUUUAUAAUGUCAGGGGUCUGUACGUUUGCGUGUGUGUGUGUUGAGUGGGGGUGAAAGAGGUGAUGUGUUUCUAGGCUUAAAAGCUUUGAUUUUUUUUUUGUUUUUUUGUAAAACAACUGACUCAAUAAAUUCAUAGCCGCUUAGAGCUAUCCUUGCUAAGCAGACUUUGCCAUGCAUGAGAGAUCACUUUUAAGUACAGGAAGUGACACAGGGAGAAUGUAAACGCACUUUUGCCAUCCCAAAACAUGACUGGCAGCCGGAGGUCUGACGCUGCUGCUUGCUUGGAUAUGUUUGGGGAAUGCAGAAGCAAGAGUAAAAGAGAACGAAGUGCCAACUUCCACUGAUGUUCAGGAGGUGCCACAAUAGUGGUGUGAAGUUAGACUGGCUGGCUAACCAGUACUGUAUGAGGGGAGGCAGCCCCUUUCCCUGCUAAUUCCUUUGCUGUUGGUGAACUGUGUGCUGUCCAAAGGUUGUAAGCAAGUGUUAGCAACUUGUGGCCAAUAGAUCCUCCAUGUCUUCAUUACCCCCUUUCCAAAAUCAACUGUGAGGAACUUGGCUAAAGCUUAAAGCAUAUAUGGUGAAUUCUCAAAUGGGUGAUUGUCUUCAUGGUUCAGGUUUCAUCCACAGGCAGCUUAUUGCCUGUCUCUCUCCCUGAUGUAUUCUUAGCUAUGAACGGGGAAAGGAGCACGGAUAUAACAACAUCCAUACAGGAAAAUGUCUAGUGUGGUAACUUGUUCCAUUUCACAUCAGGAAUAGUGCAGGCUGGAGCAGCAUGAGAGUUGUGUGGAAGCUUUUUUCUGCAUCCACAAAAACUUCAUUUCCUGCCUGCCACAGGAGUGACGUAAGUGCUUGCAUGAAUACUAGACUAUUUUAUGCCUGUUGCUAGUAUCAAGACUUGGGCCUGACUAUAAUGGUGGCUGGGGCGUAAGAGCUCACCCAGAGUCUGUAUUAAACUGGGCUACAUACUCGUGCAAAGUAGCUGCCCCGUUUAAACAAGAUGCUGGGCAAGUACAAAAUCUGACUGGUGAGCCCUUCUGCCUCAACUGCCAUCCCAUUUUUAAAUCAGGCCUUUUAUCUUUUUGCAGACAAAACCAAAACAUCAGCUAGCCUGAACAGUUCUCUCACCUAGGUAGCUUUUGAAUAAGCCAAUCGAGUUGGCUCCAUUUGUAUGAUUCUCUCAUCCUUCUCCCCUCUCUCUUAAGUUCUAUCUACUCAACUUGAAUUGUACCUGAGCAGAUGCUGAAGGAACUUUUUAUUGAGCUGAGAUGAAAAAAACCCAAGUAUUUUUCAAUAAAGGAAUUUAUGUGUGCGUAUUAACCUGUUAACAGCAAUUCAUAAGAUCUGCACUUUUUAUGAGGUUUUGAAAAAAAAUCUAUUUAUAGGUACGGAACAAUGGGGUUUGUUAAAACUGUAUAGCGUUUAUACUUGCUGAAACUUAUUUCAUUGUUAUCAGUAGGAAUGUUAUUGGUUCAAUAAAACUGGCAAAAAACCCCA